AUGUACUCUGUCCCGGAGAGCUUUCUCGAAAUAGAGGUGACAAAUCCCCAAACACAUGGCUUCGGUCGUAAGAUGUACACCGACUACGAAAUAAUAUGCAAGACGAACAUCCCGGCAUUCAAGUUGCGGCACUCGGUCGUGCGGAGGCGCUAUAGCGACUUUGAGGCGUUCCGUGAUAUCCUCGAGCGCGAAUCUACGCGUGUUAACAUCCCUCCACUUCCCGGCAAGGUCUUCACGAAUCGGUUCUCUGACGAAGUUAUUGAGGCUCGUCGCGAGGGGCUCGAGCGCUUCCUCACCAUCGUUGCUGGUCACCCUCUGCUUCAGACUGGUAGCAAAGUCCUAUGCGCAUUCCUUCAGGACCCUGCAUGGGACAAGGGCCAGUGGGUGUAG